GACAAAUUAAGCGUUUAAUUUUUAAUUAAUUAUAUUAAUCACUACUACUUAAAUUAAUACAAAAUGGAUCCACAACAACAAUUUUGUUUAAAAUGGAACAGUUACUCGUCCAAUUUGGCCAUAACAUUCUCAAAUUUAUUCAAAUCGGACGUAUUGGCGGAUGUGACGUUAUCGUGUGAUGGUCGAGUAUUCAAAGCACACAAAUUAAUAUUGGCCGCCUGUUCGAAAAAAUUCGCCGAACUGUUCGAAAGCACACCCACAAAUGGACAAUGCGUUGUCAUAUUGGAGGCUACGUCCUCCGACAAUAUGGCCGCACUGCUCGAAUUUAUGUACAAAGGUGAAGUGCAUGUGUCGCAAGAGGCUCUAAACAGUUUCCUCAAAUCUGCGGAGAAUCUGCAGGUGAAAGGACUGUCUACAGAAACUGGCCGCUUGGCCGCCCAGCAAGCUCAACAACACAUCGAUGCAUCGCCACUCGACUCGCCCACCGGCCGACGCAGCAUGCGCAAUAGCCUAAGCGGUGCCGGCGGUCUCGGCAGUGCCGUAGGUGGUAAUCCGCUCAGCAGUAUAGGCGGUGGUAUACCCAGCGGUGCCAUUAUCGGUGGCAAUAUGGCCGCUGCAAUGGCUGCCAAUGCGGAACGCAUUAGCAACAGUGGUAAUGGUAGCGGUGCCAGUGGUAACGGUUGUUCCGGUAGUAGCAUUAUCAGCGGUGGUGCACAUUGUAAUGCUACAGCCAGCGGUGCAGGUGCUGCUUGUGGUGGUGGUCCUAGUGCGAGCGCUGGCGGUCCAGCUGGUAUGGGUAGCGGCUCAGGCGUUGCACACCAUCUGAGUAGUUCGAGUGGUAAUCUGAAACAGGAAUGCGAUUCACUGAUGCAAAGUAGUACCGCUGCAGCGCUGGCCGCCGGUAUACCACCUUACGUACCGCCCAUCUAUCGUCCAAUGUCAUUUGAACCGCCACGCAAACGUGUCCUCCGCAGUCCAUAUGCCGAGCACGAGGUGCGCGGUAGUGUGUUACGUGACGGCUCGAAGAAUUCAUCUUCGGAGUGUGCGAGCCCAAUCAGCAAACCGCCCUACCAUCGGCCAUCGUCGAGUGCAUCGUCGAAUGCACCAACCGAGGCGGACACAAUGCAAUCGGAGCGCACUUCACCGAGCCGUUAUGAGAAUCACAGUCCGGGCGCCACAGCUGGUAAUGGCAAUAUGCCGAGCAAUUUGUCCGGCAGUCUAGAACGAACAGUGAAAACGGAACGAAACAAUGGCAGCACACACGAGGCUAACGAUGACGAUCAAAGCGAGCACGACGAAUCGAUUGAUAAUGGAGCCGAAGAUCUGCGAGUGAAAUUGGAGAAUUCCAACUAUUCGCCGCCACCGCCACAGCCACCUACCUCGAACGCAUCGUCCACAACACCAUCCGCCCUUUUGGAAAAUCUAAAGAAUGUCGAAGCCGGUUUGCCGAGCAAUUUGGCAACCUCCAUAGCGCCAGAGGAUAUGUUAAAUGUUUGGAAUGCGACGAAAUUGAAUAACAAAAACAGUGGCAUGGUCAAUACAGCGGACGGUAAGAAGCUGAAGUGCCUGUAUUGUGAUCGCCUCUAUGGCUAUGAAACAAAUCUACGCGCACACAUCCGCCAACGUCAUCAAGGCAUCCGCGUCCAUUGUCCCUUCUGUUCGCGCACCUUCACCCGCAACAACACCGUGCGCCGACACAUUGCACGCGAACACAAACAGGAGAUCGGCUUGAGCGCGGCCAGCAGCGGCAUUGUGCCCGCUUCCGUCGUCGCUGCGGCUGCGGCGGCGACCGCGAAUCACUCGCAAUAGGAUGCGGCCGCAACAGCGGCAGCAGCAGUAGUCAUGAGUGCGCAGAAGGCAGCAGCAAAACAACGUAAACGAAAAUCAUUGAAAAUGGCAUUGGAAAAGUGCAUGCAACGACGCGACGCGGCAGCUAGCAGUGGUGGCAGCGCUAGCACCGGCAGUGUCGUCGUCGUUGGCGGCAGCAACAUCAACAACAAAAGCAGCAGUGGCAACAUUGGCGAUACGGCGCACAGCAGCAGCGCGCACGCCAGCGCCACUGCCGUCGGCGUUAUAGCCAGCACAUCAACACGUGCGGCUGAAGAACGUAAACAACAGCAGCAGCAACAACUCAUACAGCAGCAAAUCGAGUUGGAGCAGCGAAAACAGCAGCAACAUCAGCAACGUAAGCAGCGUCAAGAGCGGCGACGUCAUAGCACAGCGCGCGGACGCAGCGCUAGCGAAAGCAGUGCAGUCGUGGAGCAACACGAGGACGCGGAGGCAGCGACAGAGGAAUCGGAAGAGCCAGGCGCCAAGCGUGAGAGACAAGAAACGUCGACAACUGUGGAAAGUACAACUGAGGGCGAUACCUCAUUUAUGGAUACGAGUGGCAGCAGUUGCGCCACAACCACUGCCACCGAUACUUCCACCACAAGCACCAACAACGCUACCACCAACGAACAGCACAAUAACACAGCCAGCACUAUCGACUCAUCGACUGGUGAGUUGGCUGACACCACUGUGGAGCGUUUGGCUACAACCAGCGAACUCGAAAUCGAUGCGGAUGAGUUGCCAACGACCACAGGCGCCUUGGCGAUGGCAACUGUAGUGACGCCCAACAAAGCUGAUAGUGUAAAGGAAACUACAACCACCGACGCUGUUGCUACAGAAAAUGUUGCUGAUACGACACCAACCACAACCACAACAACAACAGCAACGCAUGCUGCACACACUUCAGCCUCCAAUGAGGCUGAGCAAAACCCACCGGUACAAAUGGAAGCCGACGAAGCUGAAAAGAACGUCGUGCCCAGCAUUAAGUCCGAAGCUGCUGCGGACGCUGGCGCGGCUGAAACGCAGGUAACCACAACUCAAACAACAACAACAGAAAAAGAAACUGAACACGCUGAAAAUGUUGAAAAUGCUAACGCCAAUGCUAAACCAACCUCAACAACAACAACAACAAAUGCUGCUGAAUAAAUGUUGUUGUUAAGUAUAAGAGACAAUGCCACAAUAUAGUUGGAGGGAGAGAGAGUAUGAAGAAGAAUUGAAGAUUUUCGUUUACGCGCACUUAAAAGGCGAGCACGAAGCUUUUGCAUUGAGGCAAAGUUUUUGCUGCUCGCAUAUAAGAAAGAAAGAAGAAGAAGAGGAAGUAAAACAGAGACUACUGUUGCAACCGCUGUUGCGCUCGGAUGAUGUAUGUAUAUUAAUUACAAAAAAAAGUUUAUGAUUAAAAAAGAGAAGAAGAAGAAAAACA